GUGGAGGGAGCCCGCGGCGGCGGCGGCGACGGCUGCAGCAGCGAAAUGGCGGAGACCGUGGCGGACACCCGGCGGCUGAUCACUAAGCCGCAGAACCUGAAUGACGCCUACGGGCCUCCCAGCAACUUCCUCGAGAUCGAUGUGAGCAACCCGCAGACAGUGGGAGUCGGCCGGGGCCGGUUCACCACCUACGAAAUCAGGGUCAAGACAAAUCUGCCUAUUUUCAAGCUGAAGGAAUCUACCGUUAGAAGAAGAUACAGUGACUUUGAAUGGCUGAGAAGUGAAUUAGAAAGAGAGAGCAAGGUUGUAGUUCCCCCACUCCCUGGGAAAGCAUUUUUGCGUCAGCUUCCUUUUAGAGGAGAUGAUGGAAUAUUUGAUGACAAUUUUAUUGAAGAAAGGAAGCAAGGGCUGGAGCAGUUUAUAAACAAGGUCGCUGGUCAUCCUCUGGCACAGAAUGAACGUUGUCUUCAUAUGUUUUUACAGGAUGAAAUUAUAGAUAAAAGCUAUACUCCAUCUAAAAUAAGACAUGCCUGAAAUUUGGCAAGAAGGGGCAAGAAAAACUUUCCGUGACUAUUAAUGAUUCAUAUGCACCAGUGAAGAAGUUCUAACUAACUUUAGCAUGCUGCACAAAAACUGGUAUAAUAUGCCUUCAGUAUACUAACACUCAUAAUGCUCAGUUUUGUUCUGUUUUGUUUUGGCAGUUUACAAGAAGUUAAUUUGCUUUCGUGAAAAAAAUCCCUCAUUCCAGCCUUUCUAUAUAAAUAGUUCUUUCUUGCUGUUUUAAUGUGGUACAUGCUCUAGCUUCACAAACCUGUUACUCUAGGAUAACUUGCAGUGUCCUAACUAAAGUUACUCAUUUGGUCUUA